GCACAAUGGAGAUGUACCUAGGUACAAAAGGCAGAUACCUGCAAAAAGGGAUAGAAAUAGAUGAAUGAAGAACAGGUACCAGAUACCUAGGUACCUAGGUAGGUAUCUCUGUAUUUCGCUAUAGUAGAACUUGAACCUUCCCAAACCCCAAAACUUACUCCGGGGAUUUAUCUCUUAUCGAUAAUUCUUAUCGAAAAAAAAGUUCAACCUGGAUAUCUGAAGGUCGGUCAUCUCAACUAGACCGAAGAAGCGUCUUCUAACUGCAACCCGCCCACGCAUACGAACCAACCAACCAACCGGAAAUGGCCGCGGUAUACAAAUCCCUGUCGAAGGGCGUCAACGGCCAGAAGAAGGCGGCAGCGGCGUCGCACGACCGCGACGAAGACAACGGCGCGGCGGCCAAGACGAGUGCCAGCAAGACCAAGCAGCGGGUGCUGGUCCUGUCAUCGCGCGGCGUCACGUACCGGCACCGGCACCUGCUCAACGACCUGGCGUCCAUGCUGCCGCACGGCCGGCGCGACGCCAAGUUCGACUCCAAGUCGCGGCUUGCCGGGCUCAACGAGCUCGCCGAGCUGUACAACUGCAACAACGUGCUCUUCUUCCAGGCGCGCAAGGGCACCGACCUGUACUGGUGGCAGAGCAAGGUGCCUAACGGCCCCACCGUCAAGAUGCAUCUGCAGAACCUGCACACGAUGGAAGAACUCCACUUCACCGGCAACGCGCUCAAGGGCUCGCGCCCGAUCCUGUCCUUCGACGCCGCCUUCGAGCGGGAGCCGUACCUGCGCGUGAUCAAGGAGCUGUUCCUGCACACGUUCGGGGUGCCACCGGGCGCGCGGCGCUCCAAGCCGUUCGUCGACCGCGUCAUGGGCUUCUCGCUCGCCGACGGCAAGAUCUGGGUGCGGAACUACCAGAUCAAGGAGACCGAAGCCGCCGCCACCACCACUUCCUCCUCGAACGACGCCGAGCAACGAGACGACAGCAGCCACAGCAGCAAGGGCAGGGGCAGCCGCGACCCCGAGGUCAGCCUCGUCGAGAUCGGGCCCCGGUUCGUGCUGACGCCCAUCGUGAUCCAAGAGGGCGCGUUCGGCGGGCCGAUCAUAUACGAGAACCGCGCGUUCGUGUCGCCGAACCAGGUGCGGGCGGAGCUGCGCCGCGGGCGCGCCGCGCGGCAUGACUCCCGGGUCGAGAACCGCAUUGGGCGGCUCGCGCGGCACGGUGAGCUCGGCCUCCGGACCGGCGUGGCAGCGGUGAGGAAGAAGGGGCGCGAGGGUGAGGAGGAGCGGAUCAGGGAGGAGCUGGAUUCGAGGAAGCUGUUCGCUUGAGCUGUAUAUAUAUACCUACACGCAUGCUUACACUGGCGUUCGGGCGUCCUAGAUGAGAUAUCCGUCGAUGAGAAAAAGAAAUUGGGAAUUCGGGCCUCGGCGGAGGCCGUGGUAUUGGCUGCGUCUGCGCGCUGACUAGGUCGCGGGUUUUGGGUGCGUGCAUGCUGCGUGUCGAGAGCGAGAAUCAGCGACGCUCUCGCCGCCGCCCCUGAACACGUUGUGUGAACGCAGCUGCCUCUUGGCUUCCGACGCGAACACCUCACUGCCAAGAGACAACACGACUGCGUCCUGGGGGCGGGAUAGGUACCUGUACCUUAGGUCGAUAACCGGCCAGCAGCAUUGAGCCUGUAGGCGUGCUUACGGAUACAAGAGAUCUGUUUCGACAGAAGCUCUAGGGGGGAGAUAGACUAAACAAUAGAGACUACCAAGUAGCGCUGUCAGGAAUCGAACCUGUCCUCUAUUAUCUAACCCACUGAGCUGGGGGUAC